AUGACCGGGCACAAGUUCAUGCAAGAGGUGUACGAGGAGAUGGCCGACCGCAUCGCAGCGCUACUGGAGGCCAGCCGCCCCGUGCGCGGGCCAGCGCGUGUCCUCGUCGGGAUCGUCGGCUGCCCGGGGUCGGGCAAGUCGACGGCCGCGCUCCGCGUGCGGGACAGUCUGACCUUCAGAGGCGUCUCGUGCCAGAUUCUGCCGAUGGACGGGUUCCACUACUACAGGCACCAGCUCGAUGCGAUGGCGGAUCCGAAACACGCACACGAUCGCCGUGGUGCGCCGUUCACGUUCGAUGCGGUCGCGUUUGUUGACGCUGUGCUGGCAGCCUCAGCGCAGGGCGGGCGGCUCAAGUGCCCGUCGUUCGACCACCGGGUCAAGGACCCCGUGCAAGAUGACAUCGAGAUCGACGCAGAGACCGAGGUCGUCAUAGUGGAGGGAAACUACUUGUUGCUGGAAACUCCCCCCUGGGGGUCUAUUCGCGGCCUGCUGGACCUGUCGUUUUUCAUCGACGUAGACGUCGACAAGGCCAUGUCGCGGGUCAUCGGGCGGCAGGUCGCGAUGGGCAUCCCCGUCGCUGUCAGCAAGCAGCGCAUCGCCAACAACGACCGGCCGAACGCCCUGACCGUCGUUGCCACGCGACACAGGGCCGACAUCAUAGCCCCCUCGCUGCCACUGCACCGGUAG